AAACGGUGGGUGCAUGCGCAAGCAAACGCCCGUUGCCGUUUGUUCUUUUCGCAUUUUGCUGUGCGCGGCUUCUCGGCUGCGAGCUCCUGAGUUGAACGGCAGUUACGGCGCUCGGCGCGGGUUAUAAAUUUAUAAUACUCUCGCUCUCUCUUCCUCUCGGUCCGUCGCUCCGACACUCCCCUUCGGCAUCUCCUCUCCUUUCAGUUCUUUCUCGCCACUCCGUUUGCCCGUUCACGCUCCCCUCUCCCUCUCCCACCUCCUAUUCUUCGUCUUCGUGGAGACUACUGAGAUGGCCGUCGACAAGCAGGCGGACGCCAAGGAGAGGGAGAAGAUCGACGCCGUUCGCAAGCUGCUGCGCAAGCAGGCGCCGCUCUCCAUAAAGCAGGCGCAGUACUGCGACGACGCGUGCGUGGAGCGGUUCCUGCGGUGGCGCGGGGAGAGCGUCAAGAAGGCGGCGAAGCACCUGAGGACCGUCCUGUCAUGGAGGGAGACCGUCGGAGCUGACCACAUCAUGGCCGACGAGUUCUCCGCCGAGCUCGCCGACGGCGUGGCGUUCGUCUCCGGCCACGACGACGACGGCCGCCCGGUGUUUCGAAUCAAGCAGGAAUACCCCAAGUUCCGCUCGCCGAAAUCGUUCGUGCGCCUGCUGGUGUUGACACUGGAGGUGGCCGUGGCGUGCAUGUCCCGGUCCGUGGACCAGCUCGUCCUCCUCUUCGAUGCAAGCUUUUUCCGAUCGGCGUCGGCUUUCCUCAACCUGCUCAUGGGCACGCUCAAGAUCGUCGCCGACUACUACCCCGGCCGCCUCCACCGCGCCUUCGUCAUCGACGCGCCCUCCCUCUUCUCCGUCCUCUGGAAGGGAGUGAGGCCGUUCGUGGAGCUGGCGCCGGCGACGGCGGUGGUGUGCUCCCUGGACUUCGAGGACUCACUGGAGGACGCCUCCUUCACGGCGUACCCGCGGACCGCGUCCCUGCGGUUCGAGCCGCCGCCGGCGGCGGUCACGGGGAAGGCCGGCGUGGGGUCAGCCUCGUCGCGGUUCUCCGUCACCCCCACCGACAACCCCGUCAAGCCGUGGUACCUCUGCACCAUCCCCGCCUCGGUGGGCUCCCGCUCCGUGGUACCCACCUCCAGCAGCAGCCCGUCGCUGGUCGGCGCGUCCCCGCUCUCCGCGCGCUCCUUCUCCUUCGCCUCGCCCGCCGCGCUGCGCUCGACGCCGUUCCCGCGCGGCGGGGGCGCCCCCCCGACGCCUUCCUCCGCCGUCACGGGCCACAAGAUCCCGCCGCCGCCGCAGUUCCCGCGGACGCCGCGGCCGUCGUUCCUGCAGUCGCCGUCGACGCUGUUCGCGUUCCGGAAGGACGGGCAGCAGACCAGCCGCGUGGAGCGCGAGCGCGGGUCCUUCCUCCCGUACCUCCGCUUCUACCGCCGCCCCUACGACGAGAUUUCCUACCGCGCCAUGAUGCGCCCGCCGCUCGGCGGCCUGAUACCCAUCGUCGAGAAGUUCAAGCACAAGCCGGUGCAGCAGACGCUGCGUCGACACGCUGGGCUCCACCAGCAUCAGCAGCAGCAGCACCACCAUUACCAACAGCAGCAGAGGAUCUGAGUCUCGUCUCUCAGUCGGUACUGCAUGGCGACCCGAGAAUUUUCUCCAUACAGCAUAAAGGCGAUGCUAUAUUAUGCUAAGUUAAUCUUUUGCCAAGUAUGAUAUUCUUAAAGGCAUGUAUAAUAACAUCCCAAAAAAAUGUGAGUAAAAUGGACUCCUUUCUGCA